ACUAUCUUUCCGACAGAUCCAGUUUAGUACUAGCUUCUUCUCUUCACUUCCAGUGUAGAAAGCUCUCAACUUGCUAAAAAGAAAAAAAAAAGAUUAGGGUUCGAAGCUUGAGAUUGAUUCCUUCUGUUACAAGAAAGAACAUGGGUAAAGCUUCGGUGAUACUAUACAUCACGGUGGGGAUCCUCGUCCUCUUCCUCAUCUCUUACUCCCCGAAGAAGAAGAGCCACCACGACGACCACGGUGGUCACAACCAACAUCACCGUCUCAAACUCCGCUCCUCUUUCAAUUUCAAACCCACUCGCCACGAUCCAAUCCCUUUCGACCCUCUCGUUGCUGACAUGGAGCGCCGUCGCGAGGAUAAGGAGUGGGAGCGGCAGCACAUUGAGCAUGAUCCGGCACCUGGUCACGAGUCGUCGCAGCCUGAGUGGGAGGAGUUCAUGGAUGCUGAGGAUUACUUGAAUGAUGAGAAGAAGUUCAAUGUCACUGAUAGGUUGAUAUCUUUGUUUCCAAAGAUUGAUGUUUCUCCUACCGAUGGGUAUGUGACUGAGAGUGAGCUGACUGAAUGGAAUAUGCAGUCUUCUGCCAGGGAGGUGAUGCACAGGAGUCAAAGAGACAUGGAUGUUCACGAUAGAAACAAGGAUGGUUUCGUUUCUUUCUCUGAGUAUGAACCUCCCUCUUGGGCCCGCGACUCGGGUAAUCAUUCAUUUGGCUACGACAUUGGUUGGUGGAAGGAGGAGCAUUUUAAUGCAUCAGAUGCGGAUGGUGAUGGUCUGCUGAAUUUAACUGAGUUCAACGACUUUCUUCAUCCUGCUGAUACCAAGAACUCUAAGCUGCUGCUCUGGUUGUGCAAGGAGGAAGUAAGAGAGAGAGAUUCAGAUAAAGAUGGUAAGAUCGGUUUCGAUGAGUUUUUCCACGGCCUCUUUGACACUGUGAGGAGCUACGAAGAAGAGAAUCACAAUGCCACGCAUCCUUAUCAUGACUUGCCUGAAGGCCCGGCAAAGCAGUUGUUUGCUCAGCUUGACAAAGAUGGUAACGGGUACUUAUCGGAUGUUGUUGAAUUGCUUCCCAUCAUCAGUAAAAUCCAUCCCACCGAGCAUUAUUACGCAAAAGAACAAGCUGAUUAUAUUAUAUCAAAGGCGGAUUCAGACAAAGAUGGACGUCUGACUUUGGCAGAGAUGAUUGAGCAUCCUUACGUUUUCUACAGUGCCAUCUUUGACGAAGAUGACACUGAUGAUGACUAUGGCCUCCAUGAUGAGUUUCGUUAGCUUAAUGAUGAUGGAAGAAAUAACAUCAGGCGGAAUACGUUAGAUAACUUCAAGGAACAUCCCUUUCAAAAACAGGUGAUCUUAUAGUUACAUCUCUUAUACUUGCAGAGUGCAGUACGACUCUCUCCCACGGCUGUUAGAACUUAGAAGAGUAUUUAUGAUUCAAAACAUCUGUGAAAGAAACAUAGUUGUCUUUGUAUGUUCUACUACGUAGUAAUACCUUUUAAAGCUUAAAUCUUUUGUAAGCAAAGCUUAUGAAGAGUAA